UGCGUGAGUUGGCGCGCGAGAAAGGGCCGGGUCGCGCCGAGGCUCGAGCGGACUUCGCCAUUUUGUAGCGUUCUCUCUGACGCGGGAGCCGCCGCCACCGCCGCCGCCACCCGGAGGCUCUCGUCAGGAUGGUGAAGCUGUUCAUAGGAAACCUGCCGCGGGAGGCCACAGAGCAGGAGAUACGCUCACUCUUCGAGCAGUAUGGGAAGGUGCUGGAAUGUGACAUCAUUAAGAACUACGGCUUUGUGCACAUAGAGGACAAGACGGCGGCAGAGGAUGCCAUUCGCAACCUGCACCACUACAAGCUGCAUGGGGUGAACAUCAAUGUGGAAGCCAGUAAGAAUAAGAGCAAAGCUUCAACCAAGUUGCAUGUGGGCAACAUCAGUCCCACCUGUACCAACCAAGAGCUUCGGGCCAAGUUUGAGGAGUACGGUCCAGUCAUCGAAUGUGACAUCGUGAAAGAUUAUGCCUUCGUACACAUGGAGCGGGCAGAGGAUGCGGUGGAGGCCAUCAGGGGCCUCGACAACACAGAGUUUCAAGGCAAACGAAUGCAUGUGCAGUUGUCCACAAGCCGCCUUCGGACUGCCCCCGGGAUGGGAGACCAGAGUGGCUGCUAUCGGUGUGGGAAAGAGGGGCACUGGUCAAAAGAGUGCCCAGUAGAUCGUACGGGUCGCGUGGCAGACUUUACUGAGCAGUAUAAUGAACAGUACGGAGCAGUGCGCACACCUUACACCAUGGGCUACGGGGAAUCCAUGUAUUACAACGAUGCAUAUGGAGCACUCGACUACUAUAAACGCUACCGGGUCCGCUCAUAUGAGGCAGUACAGCAGCAGCAGCAGCUUCUGCGUACAACUACGCAGAGCAGAACAUGUCCCAUCUGCCUCAAGUCCAGAACACAGCUGUUAACAGUCACCUCAACUCCGCUUCUGUUGAUCCUUAUGACAGACACCUGUUGCCGAACUCAGGUGCUAUGGCUGCUGCCGCUGCCACCACUUCCUCCUAUUAUGGAAGGGACAGGAGCCCCCUUCGUCGUGCUGCAGCUGUGCUUCCCGCAGUUGGAGAGGGCUACGGUUAUGGGCCAGAGAGUGAGCUGUCUCAGGCUUCAGCAGCUGCCCGGAAUUCUCUGUAUGACAUGGCCCGGUAUGAGCGGGAGCAGUAUGUGGACCGAGCGCGGUACUCAGCCUUUUAAGAACUGGAGGUAGGAUAAUUGUGGACUGAACCCUCGGGCUGCGGUCAUAUAUGAGAACUUGCUCCGCGCGGUCCCCUUUGCCGGGAUGUUUCCAUUGCUUCAUGUUUCAGUAAACAAAGGAGUUUGUGACCAACUAUGUUUUCUUUCUUAAUUUAAUGCUUCUAAGUUGACUUUUCUUUCUUCUUGAUACGAGUCUCUGUAGCCUUUUACUCUAUUCCUUAUAUUCUCAGCCUCUGAGCAGCCCUAGGUAAGGAUUAUGCUGGCAUCCCCCCUUUUCCUGUACAGUGGAACCCAUCUUUAUCUUGCUUUCCUUAGGAGUUGAACCCUUCUCCCUACCUGCAACAUCUCCUUACCCUUU